AUGGAGAGUCCCCACAAGGAUGGCAAACCAGACGAUGAGGACUAUACACCACUGAAGUCCUCGCAAGAGAAACUUAAACGCAAAGAAGGCAUUAAAGGAGAGUGUGAGUUUGAGAUCCAGAACAUAAAUUAUCUUAAAAAGAAAAGCAAUUUAAUUGAAGAUGGAAAUCCUCCUCGGUGUCGUCUGCAAACAAGGACAGACGAUUUGGAUCAGUCUGAACCAUAUAGAAAAAUGACCUUUGGAGAGAGACAUAGACACAAACCCCAUAAAACCAUUCUGCUGGUGGGAGAAACAGGAACAGGAGAAACAUCCCUGAUCGAUGUGAUGAUCAACUACAUGUUGGGUGUUCAGAGAGAAGACAAGGUUUGGUUUGAGAUCACAGAUGAUCAGAGCGACCGAACACAAGCUCACAGUCAGACCUCCAGCAUCACUGUUUAUGAGUUUUAUCUACAAGAGAGUCCAAUCCAUUUAACAAUCAUCGACACUCCAGGAUAUGGAGACACACGUGGAAUUGAGAAAGAUAAAGAGAUUGCUGAGAGUUUGCUCAGUUUAAGUAAAUCUGCUGAAGGGAUCCAUGAAAUAGACACAGUGUGUCUGGUGAAUAAAGCAACACAGAAUCGACUCUCCGACAGACAACAAUACAUAUUUGAUGCUGUUCAGUCUUUAUUUGAAAGAGAAGAUAAAAAACAAAAAAAGAUACAGGAACAAUCAUUGGAUCGCAGUUUUAGUGGAAUGGAACAAUUCUUCAAGUAUCUUAACACAAUAAAACCAAAAUCCUUGCAGAUGACACUAGAUGUGUUGAAGAAUCGGAAGCAGUUGGAGGCAAAUAUUUCUAAUCUACAAUCACGAGUUCAAAUGAUGGAACUAAAGCAGAAUGAGCUGAAACAAACCCAAGAAGCUGUGGAGAAGAACAAGAAAGAUGUUGAAGAAAAUAAGAACUUUCAGUAUGAAGUUGAUGUGGUCUACAAAGAACAGGUUGAUGUUGAUCCUGCUGUAGCCAGUGUGGCGACGUGCUGCACCGUCUGUGAGGAGAACUGUCAUUAUCCAGGAUGCUGGUGGGUCAGUGAUCUCUCGUGGUGUGAAGUGAUGAAGAAUGAUCACUGUACAGUGUGCACUAAUAAAUGCCACUACAGCAAACAUGUCAGAGAGGCAAAAAUAUAUGUAUCAAAUACAAAGAAAGAGAAGAGGACAUAUGAAGAUUUAAAGAAGAAAUAUGAUGGUAAGAUUAGGGAUGGUGAGUCUUUGGUCAAGAAGCUGGAAGAAGAACUGCAAGGAUUAGAGAAAGAGAAAGAAAAGCUUUUGAAAUCAGCUUUUCACUGUGUGGAAAAUCUCCAGAUGAUCGCACUCAAGAGCGAUUCACUGUUCAUACUUCAGCACAUUGAUUUUCUGAUUGAGAAGCUGAUGGAGAUUAAUGAGUCUGAAAAGGCUGAAACACUGGAAAACAUCAAGAAGAGAGCAGGAGGAGGAAAACUAAAAGCAAUUGGAUACUUAACAAGAUUUAAAAAAAAAAUCAAAUCAAGUCUUAGCUACUCAAACCGUGCUGACACUCUGAAAACAGGAUCCUGAAAAUAGUUCUGCUUCUAUCAAAAACAAGUCCUUUAUAUGAUGUAAUCAUAUUAUAAAUGAUUAUAUGAAUAUAUGAUUAUUAUGGAUCUAAAAUUUUUCUGUCAUUA